AAAGUGAGCAGCGUGAGGACGCGCCGCUCGAGACGAGAGCGCAUCGCUGCAGUUUUCGCUGUUUCGGGAGGACUCUGCCAGAGCUCAGUCUGACAUCACACUGAAACUAGGAAAAGCGAGAAACAGCAGGAACUGCAAGAACAAUGACCAGGCCUUAUGGGAAGCCAGGCGACAUCAAGGACCUCAUGAGCUCCCUGAUUUGGGUGGAUGAAGAUAUGAACUCCCAGGAUCAAGACCGACUCCAUGAGGUGAAACCGUACGAGUCAGGGAAUGGCGGCAGCAGCAGCAGCAGAGCUGGAGAGGAGUUGGGGAGUGAGGACAUGGAGGAUGAUGAAGAGGAAGAGGAAGGUGGGAAGGGUCCUAAGCGACGUGGGCCCAAAAAGAAAAGGUUGACCAAAGCUCGACUGGAGAGGUUCCGUGCUCGCCGGGUGAAGGCUAAUGCCAGGGAGCGAUCGCGCAUGCAUGGCUUGAAUGACGCUCUGGACAACCUGCGCAGUGUUAUGCCCUGCUACUCCAAGACCCAGAAGCUCUCCAAGAUUGAGACCCUGCGCCUGGCUCGCAACUACAUCUGGGCGUUGUCGGAGGUGCUGGAAGGUGGGCAAUCAAUUGACAGCCAGAGCUUCGUGGAGAUGUUGUGCAAAGGCCUCUCGCAGCCCACUAGCAACCUUGUGGCUGGUUGUCUACAGCUUGGGUCAUCUCAUUUUCUGCUGGAGAAGGUAAAUGACAAGGGUGGACUAACUAGCCCACUGGGGGUGGGUCCACAAGGACAAACCUUCAGUUAUCCCUCUCCAGGCCUGCCCAGCCCCCCCUACGGCUCCUUAGAGGCCAGUCACCUUCUGCACUUGAAGGGCUUCAAGGGGGCAGCAUAUGAGAGCACCUCCCCAAAUGAGUGCAAUGGAAGUACUCCUCCUUAUGACGGUCCCCUCACUCCACCCCUCAGUAUCAGCAGUAGUUUGUCCCUGAAACAGGAGCCCUCUCCGCAGGGUUCAGAGAAGAACCACGUGGCACGGCAGACUCAUGCUGCUCGCUACCUUCCCUCCCAUCACCAGCAGCCUGUCUUCCCCCAGGGCCAAGCACUCUUCCAAGCAUCCCAUUACGACGUGCCCCUGGAUAUGAAUUUUGACUCCUUUGGUUCGUCCCACAUGGUCACGCCACAGGCAGGGACCAGUUUCAGCCUGUGAGAAUAGGUCUGUAGGAAGGAGAGGGGGUCGGCCGUAGGCCUCCUUCAGUACGAAACUUUUCAUCAUCUG